GUGUGAUGCUGACCUCUACUGCUUUCUCUUUCCCUUCAUCUCUUCCUUUGUCACUCUUGCAUCUGUUGCACUUUCCGCCGCCAUAAACACCUCUUUCUAUGCCUGGCUCAUUGCCUGCCUUUCUACUCUGAAGAGACUGACACCCUGUGCACUCCUUGUACAUCCCCUCCCUAGGACAGUUCUUUGCAUCGUACUGCUCUUGAGUGUAGGGAGGGGCAGUGGGAGACCGCCUGGAUAUCUGCGAAACACAGACGAGACCUCAGAAAGAGACUGCACCUGCAGGAGACACCCAACUAUUCGAAUAAGAGACGAAGCAGAACCUAGGGAGUCACGUGAUGCAGAGAAACGCACAGACUGACUCUUGUUUGGACAGAUUUAGAUUUCCGGUAUACGCACAGGACAUUGACAUACAAAAGCUGAAUGGAAAAGCAUCCAAAGACCCCCCUUACAUCUCCUGGCAGUGUCACUUCCUCCAGAGGGUCCAGUGUACCGGGUUCCCCCUCUACUAUCACUGCCCGCAUGGACAGCCGUGUCAUUGGUUAUAAGGAUCUGGCAGCCCUUCCUCGUGAUAAGGCCAUAUUGGAUAUUGAGCGUCCUGACCUGAUGAUCUAUGAACCACAUUUUACAUACACACUUCUGGAGAACACAGAAACACUCCGCAGCCGUGAGCGAUCUCUGUCUCCUAAGUCAAUAUCCCCUCCUCCAUCACCUGAGGUUGCAGCACUUUGGGCAGAUAACAAGUCUAUAGUAAGCAGCUCUACUCUACAAGGCCAACGAGGAGGAAGCAACUCACCUAGAUCAGGAGUGCAACACUUUCAUUGCCCAGAAAUUAACAAGAAAGAGCCUAACUUGUACAAAAAACCUCCAAUCUACAAACAGAGAGAGUCAGCACUCUCCCAUAGGCUAUCUGAUGACCCCAUAGUUGAAUCUUCCAAAUUUCCAGCUGCAAAACCUCCUGAUCCAAACCAGCUGGCAAAAAUUGAGACAGAUUAUUGGCCAUGUCCUCCUUCUUUGGCCGUUGUAGAGUCAGAGAGACGAUUUCGCAGGGAGUCUCGACGCGGGGAGGAGGAAAGUGAAGAAAGUGAAGAUGUGAAAGAACUGAGUCAUCGACAGAUAAGGGAGAUAAACAAGAUCCAAUCUAAUCUAGGGAAACUCAUUCUAAAAGAGGAAAUGAUGAAAGGGGGUACUCCAAAAAGAAAAACCCGCUCCCUGCCUGACAGGACACCAAUCUACACACCUAUACAUUCUGGCUAUGGACGAAGUAGCUUAACAAGGCUUCUAUCUGCAGAGUUCUAUGCUCCUGACCCACAGAGAGUGUGCACAGGAUUCCAGAAUGGAGAAGGACUAAGGUCCAGAAUGGACAGAGGAAACUCUCUACCCAGCAUGCUGGAGCAAAAGGUACUCCCAUAUGAGACACUGAUGAUAGCAAACAGAGGACGUCAAAAACUGCCCCCUGGUGUAGACAGGACUCAACUGGAGCGACAUCUCUCCCCUGAAGAAUUUCAGCGUCUUUUUGGUAUGCCUUUAGAAGAGUUUGUGAAGUUGCCACUGUGGAGGAGAAAUGAGAUGAAACGGAAACUGCUUCUUUUUUAACUCUUCUGGGGACAAAUCUGCUCCUUUCAACCCGUGGGAAGAGUGGAGUCAAUAGGGUUAUCUAACCAGAAGGACUCUUGUUACAUUGCACUGUAAUGGGAUUAAAAGAGUGUAACUGGCAUGUCUGAUAUGGGUGAGGUCACAGGGCUAGAAAUCAACCCAAACUUACAUCAAACACCAAUCAUGGAGCCAAGAUCAAGCACCAAGGAAAACCCCAGAUUCUCAUUUAGGACCAAAUUAUGUUUUAAUAUACACAAUUUAUCCUUUCAUUAUGUAAGUUCAGUCUUUAUAAUACAAAAUAUAGUACAAUAGAAUGGGUCACUUAUACACAAGAUACUAUAUAUAGACAGAUCACUAUUACACAGCAGAUACACCGUACACUACUCGGUGAGAAGAACAUUUGUACACAGCAGAUGCUUUACACUAAUGUAUAUAACCCUCCUGUACAUAGUAGAUGACACGCACAGUUAAUCACAGUGACAUAUCAAAUCACAUAUAGCCUUUAGGGGCUUUAAUUUACAAUCAUAUUUCUAUAAGGACAGCCUCUAUCACUCCAAUGCUCCCCCAGAUUAUAGAUUUGACGCAGGCUUUGCACUCCCAACUGUACACUAUCAUUAGUAAGUAGGGGCAGAGGUGCUACUACCCCUUUGUCAUAUGCUGCCAAGUGCCGUGUGUGUGUGUUUAUGGGUGAGUGCUUUCAAUUUUCUGCAUCCCUGUCUUUCAGUGAACAACAUGGCAGAUUUCCAAAAAGGCAGUUUAUUUCAUGCUCACCUGCUGCGUGUGGUUUGUGACAUGCUGGAUUUUUUGGUACAAGUUUUUUUCCUUGCAACAGCUGUCCCAACUUAUUGCCCACAUCCAUGUUACAGACCCUUUAUAUCUAUGCUUCUGUGUACACAUGUACAUGUACUGAUGCCUUUCCCAUUAAAGUGUACCUGUCAUUUAUUCAAA